GCCAUGUGUCUAUUUCGAGUUUCCAAAUCAGCCUCAUUGAUAUCAAUUAAGCAAUUCUACACUUGAGAGCAAGACGAUUCUGUGCCGUCAAGAGUUUCACCGGCAACAAUAAUUAGUUUACAGCAAUACGGAUGCGGGUAGCAGCCAAUGGUUCUAACCGGGAUACCAAACGGUCAUGCGGCAUUCGACAAGAGCGGAUAAACAUCCAAAACACGUUACAAGUGAAGGAGAUUGCUCGAAACCCUCAGAGACUUCAAAAGCUUGAUAAGGUCCCAUCAGUUGCUGUGGCAUCUUGCACCUCUUGCACAUACAACUCCAUGCCGUAUAAGUCCAAAGGUCGCCGCAAGAGACAGAAGCCUUUCAUCACGACAAAAGCAACUACAAAGCAAGACUGCCGACACACUGUUCACGAUGAAGAAUUGAUGAGAUGUCGUGAGGCCAAAGUCUCGGCGAUAGUAGGGCAAGAGAAAGAUCGUGGAGGUGUUUCAAAUUCCAGCUCAACACCACGUGUUCUUACAUACAACGAGCCACGAGAGAACCACCGUUCGAUUAAAAAAGAGGAUUUUGCACCCAGAAAUCAUCACUUGAAUGGCAUAUACAGUGAAAACAUUCUUCAUAUGGCAUCUGAACUUAGAAGAGGAGAUCCACCUUUGCCAGAUAUUCUGCAUGAAGUUAACAGCACAGACAGUUCUGGACCUAUUAGACAAUCCCGUGAGACAGUAAAGCAUUCGGGGCAAGCUAUAGAUGACAAUGUCUGCAAUCGUUCGCCGUCUGCCGCCACACUGCCAUCAAGCAGAAGUCGAGUCCAAUUGCACGAAAACUGUGGACAGCAAUCCAACUCAAAUCACGUGCAUUGCAAAGUUUUGUCAACCAAAUCAGAACCUUCCACUAUUUACAGACAGACAAGUAAAAAAGCUGCUGCGUGUGAUAAUUCAAAUCUUUCCGGGUCAAACAAAAUUCUCAACAGACAAGCUGACAUGAAUUAUUCUGUGACAACGGUGGAUUCACCCAACGCGCAGAAACUUCUCAAGUCAUCACCUCCCAGGCAUGUUCAAGAUGCUUCUUCUAUAUUUGAAGCGUCCAUAGUAUAUGGUCAAUGGCAAAAUAUUUCAAGGAUGAGAUCCCACAUCGCUUCACUUCGCUUCUCACUUCAACAUAAGCGCCAUAGUCUACGUAUGCUGCAAAAUGAGAAAUCUCUUGCAGACGAGGCGUACUUCAAACAAGUUAAAAUGAGGGAACUUCACAUGCCUUUUCCAAGCAAAUGGUGGUCUGAAAAGACCACAUCAGAGUUGCUUUGCGACUGCCAGAAAGCCAGAGACAGAUAUGGUUCUUUAGAAGAUGAAUACAAUUAUCUUGAGCGUGAUCUAGACUCACAAGAAUAUGAACUUUCACGGCUUGAAGAGCAUUUCUAUAGUCAGAUGAGGGACCCUUCCCUUUAUUUACCUCCAUCGACAGAGCUUUUGAGAUAUCCCGAGUGGACUGAAGAACCAGAGCACUUUGAACCACAAAAGCCGCAAGAAUUGCACCCAUUGGUGGAUGCAUAUUUUUCGAAGCUCGGAGAGCUUGACAACUUUCGGGAACUUUAUGAUGAUAUUUUGGAUGAGAAGUUGAGCCUCGAAGAGAAAGUAGACUUGAGAAACCGGUUCGAUAUGGAACCCCUUACUACCGAAAACCAGGAGUGGCUAGAUAGCUCUCAAGCUCAAUUGGACGAUCUAAUCUCCAAGAUAACAAUUUCCGAGGACGAGGAAAGAGACUUGCAUCAAAAGUGCUUUUCAUUAGGUCUCAUAGAUGAAGCUGGAGAGCCGGUAGAAUCAUCGAAAUUAGACCAGUGUAGUCCAUCCUUGGAUUUAACUCUCAAGCCACUCGAAAUUUCUGACCAAUAUUCUCAAUCAUCUCCAUUGCACCUUUCAAAGCCAAACGACUUGGAGAAAGCCAUCAAAGUAUUGGAUUCUGAGAAUAAUCACUUAGCACGAAAUGAGCGAUUCAAUCGAUGGUCACUGGAAAAGCUUCAAGUUUCUCUCCAUGAGGUCAAUAUUUACACAAAUUGCUUUGAGAAAUACGAUGAAUCACAAGAUCUAUGUAAACUCAAAGAGGAAAUCUGCGAAGAAGAUUUCAGGAAUUCCUGGUUUGCAGAUGGCUUUACGGAUCGUGAUGCAAGAUCUACUGUCUUGACGACUACCAAUUCGACCUCUCAAUAAAUUACCUGCAGCAACUCAACUCACAGCAGAGUUUUCCCUUCAAAUCUUGUAUUCCUUCAUGGUUCAGCUCACAAUCGUACUGGUAAUUUGAAUAGUGCCGAGAGAGGUGUCAAGGAAUGUGCUGUACCCUUUUCGAAUAUUAUUCCUACUGCGAUCUUUGGAUGAUCUCAUUUCAAACUUGAACUUCAGUUGAGCACUUUCGACAAGCAUUUUUUUCUUAUUCCUGUUUUGUUUCUUUCACGAAUGUUUGCAUCAAUCAAAGCAAGCAGAAUUCAAGCGGGAGUCGGGAUACAUGGUGCUUGGGCUUCCAGGGAGUUAUGUUCUAACACUUAUCAAAGUAUCAAAGUAUUUCUUUGGGGGGAAUUUCUUAUCACGUUGUUUGAAACUAUUUCUUUCCACAUGCUUCUCCUAAAUUAUCAAUCGCCUUUUCAAUUGAUUGCCUUUUCACCUGCUCAAAUGCAUAGUCAUUGAUAUCAAAUCUUCAACCAGCAAGGGGAUGAAUUUAUCUUCAUUUCAUCUACAAUUCUACAUGGAUGUACCAUAUCAGAUGAUCCGAAUGAUAGAAACCUUGCAAUUUCUUUCAGGCUAGAUAGAAUUUCGACAUCAAACUUGUACCCCC